GUUAACGGGACAGAGGGAGAGAUUGAGUAUGAAGAGAUCACGUUGGAGAGAGGGAACUCAGGCCUGGGCUUCAGUAUAGCAGGUGGUACAGAUAAUCCUCAUGUAGGAGACGAUCCGAGUAUCUUCAUCACCAAAAUCAUUCCGGGAGGAGCAGCGGCUCAGGAUGGGAGACUAAGGGUGAACGACAGCAUCCUGUUUGUGAACGAUGCUGAUGUGCGUGAGGUGAGUCACAGUCAGGCCGUCGAGGCUCUGAAGGAAGCGGGAGCCAUCGUCCGUCUCUACGUCCUGCGCAGGAAACCCAUCGCUGAGAAGGUCACCGAGAUCAAACUCAUCAAAGGACCCAAAGGUCUGGGUUUCAGUAUAGCGGGUGGUGUGGGUAAUCAGCACAUUCCCGGUGAUAACAGCAUCUACGUAACUAAAAUAAUCGAAGGCGGAGCGGCGCAUAAAGACGGACGGCUGCAGAUCGGAGACAAAAUCCUGGCGGUGAAUAACGUGUGUUUAGAGGACGUGAUGCACGAGGACGCGGUCGGAGCGCUCAAGAACACGGCGGAUGUCGUAUACCUCAGAGUGGCCAAACCUAACAACCUGUACCUUACACACACCAACAGCUACAACCCUCCAGACCUCACCAGCACGUAUUCCUCUCACCUGGACACGGAUCUCAGUCACCCCAACUUCCUGGGCUCGGAUUACCCACAAGCCCUCACGCCCACGUCCCCCAGCCGCUUCUCACCGGUGCUGCACGGCAUGCUGGGAGACGACGACGUGCCCAGAGAUCCGAGGCGUGUGCUGAUCCACAGAGGGUCCACGGGUCUGGGCUUUAACAUCGUCGGGGGCGAGGACGGAGAGGGAAUCUUCAUCUCCUUCAUCCUGGCUGGAGGACCAGCGGAUCUGAGUGGAGAACUGCGCAAAGGAGACCAGAUACUGAGUGUGAACGGUGUUGAUUUACGAGCUGCGACACACGAACAAGCCGCAGCGGCGCUAAAAAACGCAGGACAGACUGUGACCAUCAUCGCACAGUACAGACCUGAAGAAUACAGUCGAUUCGAAGCUAAGAUCCACGAUCUGAGAGAGCAACUGAUGAACAGCAGUUUGGGUUCAGGAACCACCACGCUGAGGAGUAACCCGAAGCGAGGCUUCUACAUCAGAGCUCUGUAUGAUUACGAUAAGACAGCGGACGGCGGGUUCCUCACUCAGGCUGUGAGUUUCCGUUUCGGUGACAUUCUCCACGUGAUGGACUGCAGCGAUGAGGAGUGGUGGCAGGCGCGAAGAGUCGGACCUCAGGGGGACAACGAGGACAUCGGCUUCAUACCCAGCAAGAGGAGGGUCGAGAGGAAAGAGUGGUCCCGUCUGAAGUCAAAAGAUCGGGAUCGCAGUCGAGACAGUUUAGGAUCUCAAGGAAGAGACGAAUCGGCGCACAGUUACGAGACGGUGACACAAGUGGAAGUUCACUACGCGAGGCCCAUCAUCAUCCUCGGCCCGGUGAAGGACAGAGUGAACGACGAUCUGCUCUCCGAGUUUCCAGACAAGUUCGGUUCCUGCGUUCCACAUACGACGCGGCCGAAGCGGGAGUACGAGGUGGACGGCAGAGAUUAUCACUUCGUGUCGUCACGGGAACAGAUGGAGAAAGACAUCCAGAGUCAUCGAUUCAUCGAGGCGGGGCAAUACAACAGUCACCUGUACGGCACGAGCGUACAGAGCGUGAGGGAGGUGGCGGAACAGCAGGGUAAACACUGUAUCCUGGACGUCUCGGCGAACGCCAUCCGUAGACUCCAGGCUGCUCAGCUUCACCCCAUCGCCGUCUUCGUUCGGCCCAAAUCACUCGAGAACGUUCUGGAGAUUAACACCAGGCUGACAGAGGAACAGGCACGGAAAGGCUUCGAUCGGGCGGUGAAACUGGAGCAGGACUUCCUUGAGUGUUUCUCAGCUGUGGUGGAGGGCGACAGUUUCGAGGAGGUCUAUCACAAGGUGAAGACGGUGAUAGAGGAGCAGUCUGGUCCUUUCAUCUGGAUCCCCACCCGAGAGCGACUGUGAGAAAAAAAUGAGAGAAGCCGGACGGAGAGAGAGAGAGCGCGAGAGAGAGAGCGCGAGAGAGAGAGCGCGAGAGAGAGAGAGAGAGAGAGAGAGACAGAGAGGGAAUUCUGGGAAUUAUGUGUGGAAAAGCACAGGGAAAACCACACAUCCCUCCAUCUAUCCCUCUCUCCUCUUCUUCUGAUUUAUCAACAUCCCAACCUCUCUCUCUCUCUCUCUCUCUCUCUCUCUCUCUCUCUCUCUCUCUCUCUCUCUCUCGUGCACAGGGCUGUUUUUACUCAUGAACAGAAACACCACCGAGCGAUUAAACUCCUCCUUCCUCUGUUUUUUUUUACUGUCGGACUCCUUCCUUCUCCUUCAGGAGCGAGUGAUGAGGAGAGCAACGGAGGGAGGAAAAGGCUUUAAUAUUAACCAGGAAAGAGAAGGACAGACAGACGGACGGAUGGACAGAUGGACGGAACGUAUAUUUAAUAUUUAAUAAACAAUAACAAUCUGCGCUAUUAGACGUACUGUGACUUCCGGGUGAAUUUGAAGUGCCGACGAAGGACAAGAGAAACUUCUAGAUUUCUGCAUGCGUCCAUAAGUACACGGAGAGGCACAGGCACGAUGAGGAAGAGGAGGAGCUUCGGUCUCUGUGUCACUUCCUGUUUUAACUGAAAGGAAAGAUGAGACGAGAGGAAGACGGAGGACUUUCAUCAGUUUGUCUGAUCUUUGUCUUGCUGCACAGAAUUCAAAGCCACACACGCAAUGCUAUGGGCUACGUUUUCUUCAAAUAUACGCACACACACACACACACACACACACACACACACACACUCACACACAAAAGAGAUGUUUAGUGAAGUUCAUUAAUUCCUUUGUUCUUUAUUUUUUUUUAUUACGCAGUUCUCAGAUGCUGAACAAUAAUGAGAGCGUAAUACACACGUGCACACACACACACACACACACACACACACACACACACACACACACUAACAUUAGUGCAGAGCAGGGGGCCGGCAAUUAAACAGAUGCCAUUAAAUAGUUUCUUUCAUUUCUGUUUUCUAACAAAACUCUAGAAAGCUGCUUUGUUAUUCGGCCAUUUUUUAGCUCCGCCCAAUAUUCUUUGAUUGACACAUUAUUAAACAAUCAACAAGCGAGUAAAAAACUGCUCUGCUUCUGCACCUCAGUGCGCGCUAGCGUGUGAACAUCUCUUUGAUUUUUCUUUGGUCUGUUAAUUUCCUCCACCAAAACAUCGCAAGCUGAACACAGCACUGAGUCGUUUGGGAGUCGACUCUUACGAGCUGAAUCAAAUGAUCCGACUCACUAAAAAGAAUCGCACUUCCCAAUAUUAGUGUGCACAGCUUCUCAAAUUGUGUUCCUUUCGUGUGAGAUGAUGUAUGAUUCACUACAUGAUCGUCACUUUUCGAUUGUAUUUCCUUUUGUGUGCCGACACACAAAUCCUAUUUUUAUUCAGAAACAUAAUAAAGCAGUUUUUUUUAAAUCAGUUAAUGAUGUAAACAGCUCAAAUUAGCGAUAUCCAGUCUAUAUUAUUUAGAGUGUUUAAGUCUGUACAGGUUAUAAGUGUUUAAGAAAGACAAGAAAACCAAAGAUAUCUAAAUAAAUGAUCCGAAUCAACCGCUUCAGCUUGAACCUAAAAUUAAAGCUAGUUCAGAAAAGACCAACCUAGCGAAAACGAGAAGCUAUCUAACUCAUUAUUAGCAUUAGCGAAUUAGCCUUUCCGAUAAACAGAUCAAAUUUACACCUGAAACUCGCUAGCUAAACACUGACCUUUCUAGAAAUAUGGCUAGCUUAAAAGCAGAUGAUAAAAUAGUUAGAUGUAAGGAGUUCUAUCACACUUCGCUAGCUAGAGCAAAGUUAAAAUGAACAAGCGGAUGAAGUUUGUUCCAGUCAGGAAUUAGAGGAGGCUAAAUUUUAGUUAAGUAAGCUAGCUAAGUUAGCAUGACUGUGUGAAGCUGCUAGCACUGAAGCUAAAGGUGAGUAUGCACUUCUCUGUUCUUGUGUUCUUGCUAGAGUGUGUGUGUGUGUGUGUGUGUGUGUUGUGCACUCAUUAAUCAAGCUGGAAAAAAGGACUGACCUCCGUUUGCACUUCGUAAUAAAUAAAUUAAAAGGUUUUAGUGGAAUUAAAACACAUCCAUAAAAAAGCAUCAGCAUUUUUUUAUGUUUACUUUUAUUUAUUUUUGCAUUUUUAAUCUUUUAAAUUGGAUAUUUGAAGUGUGUAUUCUGAGUGCAGUGACAGUUCAUGGUGCCACUUAUUAUUAUUAUUAUUAUUAUUAUUAUUAUUAUUAUUAGAAUAAUUAUUCUAGUUAUUUAUGGAUUUUUCACAUUUUUGUUUCUGAUCUGUUUAUUUAUUUAUUUAAAUUAGUUUGUUUGUUUGUAUCUAUGUGUUUAUUAGAUGGAAUGGACAGAUGCAUUGCUGUGUCACUUUAUAUAGAAAAAAACAUGGGGCUGUGCGCAAUCAAAUGAUAAAUAAUACACACACACACACACACACACACACACACACGCGGAUCAUAAUAAAAGUCUUUAUAAAACACAUAUCAUGAUACGACACAUAUGAUAUACUAUAAUGUUACACACACACACACACACACACACACACACACACACACACACCAAUAACUAUGUAUUAUCAAGAGAAAUAUACACUUUUACUCUAAAUAGAGCAAAAUGAGUUAAAUUUAUUUAUUUCCAAGAAGCAAAUGUAUUUCACUUUGUAUCACCAUAAAUUAUUAUUAUUAUUAUUAUUAUUAUUAUUAUUAUUAUUAUUAUUAUUAUUAUACAAAAUGAAAAUCUUAUUGCUUUUUAUUUAAAAAAAAAAAAGUCAUUAUAAAGUUUGCAGAAAGUUCUAUUUAAAAUGAUUUAUCUUGCUGAGAGAUUUAACGACGGCGAAAUCCGAAAUAUGAAAAUGUUUAAUUUCAGUGAAACGCUUGUUGUGAAUUAGCUACGAAAAUAAUAAAAUCUAUUAUGAUUUAAAAAGA